CAAAGCUGCAUGGAAAUGUUGUUGAGUUCUGAAGCAACACUUUUUAGAAGUGGUGAAAGUCGAAGAUUUUCCAUCCUUAUCUGCUUAUGAUUUGGUGAAGCUUAUUAAUUUCCUGUAAUGACCUUGCUGUUCCAUUCAAAGAAAAAGUAUACGAAUGUCAUUUCAUGGGUAAAUCAUGAAUUGUAUCAGAGAAAAGAUUGUUUGCCGGAACUAAUGGAACAUGUACGUUUGCCAUUAUUAAAGUAUUAUUAUUAUCUAAAAAAUACUUCUAAAUGUAAAGAUAAUAUAUUUUAUGCAUUACAAUUUCAUCUACAAAAAUCAGUUCAUUAUAUUGGCAUUUCAAUGUAUUUGGAUACAAUUAGGUGUAAACCUAGACAGUUUGGUGAUUCACAAAAAGUUAUUCUAAUGUUCAGUCGGUCUAAUACAUCACAUGUGUUAUACAGAUUACACUAUCAAUUACAGAAUGGUAUAACCCAGCAACCAAACUACGAAAGAAAUGCACCAGGGAUAAAUGAUUGUCGUCAGACACCUGGUCUAGGUGUAAUAAGGGAUCAAUUUGUGUUUGUUGCAGGAGGUGUAAAUAAAUCAAGUUUAAAAUCUAAAAUGUAUGCUAUGAUGGAGAGUAUCUUAAAAGAGUUUAUAGACCAAGUGAUGGAUCUUAUAUUCCUGAUAUGGAGUUAUGCCGAUUUUGUCCUGGAGUAGUGACAUUCGAUGGUUUAUUGUAUGUUAUCGGUGGAGAAACUAGAAAAUCUAUUGUCAAUACUGUAGAAAUUUACGACCCAAUUACCAAUACUUGGACCAUGGAGACAUUGUCAUUUUCAAGACAUGGACUAGGAAUUUAUGGCGGAGUAGUUGUUAAUAAACCACUAAAUUAUAACUAAUUAGCUUACAUGACAAUCUCAUUGUUGGUAGAAAUACGAACAUCUUAUUAAUUAUAAAUAGUUUAUGAUAAAACGUGUAUUGUUCUAUACAUUUUUGUUUCAACAUUUAGUAAAAAUUUUAUUUUAUAAUUUAAAUUGAUUAUUUACAAAUUAAAUAACUGAGGUAUAAAGUAAAUUAUAAUGCAGUAUUUCAAUUUAUUUCUGGUAAACUUUUUUUUUGUUAAAAACAUGAAUAGAUGAAUCCAACAUUACAUUUUCAAACUCAAAAAUACGUUGGUGAGUUUUGUCAUAAUAUUU